CCCGCCCCCGCGGGGGAGCGGAGGCCCGGCGGGGAGGGAGCUGAGCGAGGAACGCCGCCGAGUUCCGCCCCAGCAGCCAUGGCAGCCUAGCGAGGUCUCCGCGGCAGCCCCGCUCGGACAUGGGCCUGCCCCGGGCCGGCGGGCUGAGGCAGCGAGACCCCGCGGCGGAGGAGAGUAGGUAGGAGAACUUGGGGGCGUGAGGAGGAAGUACUGCUUGCUGUUCUUGGAUAAGCUGACGUCCAUUACUGUUUUCAGAUGUUCUCAUCCCUUCCUUGCUUUUUAUCUGUGGAAGAGAGGAAGACUAGCAAAGAAGUAUGGUACCCAUUGUCCGUAUAUCUGUAUUUUAAUUUGUGUAUUAUAUAAGUUACAAGUGUCUGGUCAUAGAUCAGCUUCUCUCUACGCGGGUAGCAAUACUUCACCUGGUAACUGCUCAGCAAGCCAAGCCUUUGUAGCUUGCCACCAAAGGAAGCAGAGUCUGCCUGAGAAUGGGUUGAAUACCCAUCACUUCACCUCAAACUAAGUUUUUAUCACUCAAUAUUUUAGAAAUGCUGUACCCAAAAUGCAGAAAACUUGCAUAUUAUUUCUGCUUCAAAAAACUGUUAAGAGCUUGUUUCCUUCUUCCCCUUUUAUUAGCUGACAGGGAGAGACUUAGAAGUUGUUCCAGUACGUCACAUUCUGAGUUUUGACAUACAUUACAAUUUAUAAGUCGAAUGUAAUCAAGAGGGCUAUUCCACUAGCUCUGUUCAUUACUUUUCCCAAUUCUAAAACAAUCAGUAAGAGACACAGAUGUUCCUAGAAACAGUUGGUUAAUGUUUUCCUAUUGCUACUUGUUUGUUUUAGACUAACUAGCACAAACUUUUAUUUGGAUCAGUGUUAUUGUGAGUGGGGAAGCCCUUGUUAGCCACUAACUCUGGCUGCCUCUGUUUUGGUGACACAGAGCUGUGUUCAUUUAGAUUUGGUCAUUAGGGACCUCAAUUGAAACCUUAUAUUAACUUUUGAUAUAUGCUGCAUGUAAUUCCAUUAAGUAGGCUAUUGAGAAUUUGAUUAUUUUUUUUUUUUCCCAGAAAAUGUUAUUUCUAAUCUAUCCUUACUCAUUUUACUGCAGCAUCUUGUAUGGAUUGCAGUGCUCUGGGAGGUCAAAGAGUAACGUCUCAUUCAUCAGCUACUGUGGUUAGCAGCUCAUGUUUUGGAAAGGGUGUAGACAUUUUUUCAAAUCAGGAAAUAAAAGUAAGUUUAGUGUUGUGUUUGGCAACUUAAAAACACUUAGUUAUAACUCUUAGUAACUGUAGCAGAAAAACAUGGAAAGUCCAUUUUUGUUCUUGGCCAGUUCUGAGAUUUGUCUUUUAUCCAAUAGUUCCCCAUGUGUAGAGAUGAGGUCCCAGAACUGCCUUUAUCAGAACUGCCUUUAUCAAGGUGUGUCAGCAGCACGUGAAGGUUUACUAGCAUCUUCUGCCUUUCAUUACAUGGCUGCUUUUCCACAUAAUCUUGUUUUUUUCCUCAUACACAGACGCAGUAAUGUUAUAUUUGCAUCUUUUUCAUAAUACAUAUUUAGUUACAAUAUUCUGUCUGAACUCGACCAAAUGCUGCCACUUAAGAUUAAGAAAAUACUGAUUACAUAACAGAGCAAACAUUGAAGAUAUAUUUAGAAAGGACUUAAAGCUUCAAAGAAAAAGUCUAUUUGCAGUUCCAAGGAGAAACAAAGAGCCAGUUAAAGACACGUUCUGAAGGUAUGAUUAGACAAGCAACGUUAAAGUCUUAGUAAGAUUGAGGCCUUUUCCUGCAAUUCUGUAAGACUAUUAAAUAAAUUAAAAAAAAAAAGUAUGUCUAAGGCAAAAAAGCUUUUAGAUUGGGAAGGUACUUCAUUUUGUGGUGGGAUGUGUGUCUGUUUUGUUUUGUUUCUACUGAAUGUAAAGCUUUAAUUAGUUUUCUGCCUUGUUUUCAGCAACUAAAUAUCUCCUGAAAGUUAAAGUUGAACAUAAGGCACUUUUUAGGGAGGGAAAAAUGUUCUUAAGAUGCAUGAGGUACGGGAUAAAUUCUUGAUUUUAUGUACUAAAAUUAGUAUUUGAGGAAUUUAUGAUAGACUUCCUAGAAUUAUCUGGAAUGCAAUCUCAUAGGAUUAUUUUUUUUUUUCAAACUUACCAAGUUUGCACAGAUGCUAUGUAAUUAGAAAAUUAGCAAGCAUAGCAUCUGUGUUGAGGCAGUAAGUUAGCUGGCUGGUACCAGCACUGAGCCGCAGGAAGGCAUCCCAUUCCCAUCUCAGCUGCUCAUUCCUGGCUGUGCAUGUUUACUGCUGUCCUUGCACAAGCUACAGAGCUUUUCUGCCUCUUCAGCAAGCUGCACUGGCUCAAGAAGAGGCCGGAGAAGUACCAGGCCGGCAUGAGAAAGACAGAGGGAAAUCAGAACCUCCUUGUUCGGUAACAGUCAGCUACAGAUCAGGUCAGUUGUGCAAAACUUCACUCCAAGGUUACUGGCCGAUGGUGGUUUUGGUCACGCUGUUGUGCUGAUCCUCACCUUGGGGUGUAAGGGAAGAGCCCUACCUUCGUCAUGUCAAAGGCUAUGUGGAUUUUCACUUCCUUCUGACACCUAGGAAAUUUAUUCGUUGGGAUCAUUUGAGCAUCUUUCUUCUAAUUAGUUGCCCUGAAUUUAUUUGGUUUUGCUAGCACCUGAAUGUCUCACUGGUUGAGCAGAGCUCUUCCCCUGCCAUCCCCAAGGGCUAAAAUAGCUCACUGUGUAAUAUAUGCAAAGGCUUUAGUUAGACUAUCUGUAUGAGACUUAAUGGACUGCUGCAUGCAGAAUGUCAGAUGAGAUGAUGUAACAGUCCUUUCUGGCCAAACUCUGCUUAACUACGUAACAGCUUCUUGGGGAAUGCUUCCAAGUGGCAGCAGAAAGACAACUGUACCUGGGAGUUUAGGACCUAUAGUAUGUCCAAGACAUUUUCAAGCAGCCUUUAACAGUUCCUUUAACGUUCUCUUUAUGGCCUUUUUUAGCAGUCUGCUUCAAUGUUCCUUUCCUCAGCUCGUGUCUUACCAAGACAUAAGCCACCUUUCCAUGGGCGUAGCAUCUAUUUGCAGAGAGGCUGGUGCUAAGCUAGUUGUAAAAUAAUUAUCCAGCACUAAUUUCACAGUGCAAACAGGUCAGUUGAUUUUUGGUAAUAUUUGUUCAACUAUAAAGUUGAGUAAGUAUUUUCUGGAUAGAUUCAUUUGAUCAUCCUUAAGUCAGCGUUUCUUUUCUCCUUGUUUUCCUUAGUAUUCUGGUAUUUGAAACACAAUGCUCACAUUCUUGACAAAUUACCCAGAGUUGUUUCAAAUAACUAUUACUUCGGCUGAAUAAUUAACUGUAUAAAUUAAUCCUCCUAAUCUGCUUGCAUCAAUAAUGCAUACAACUGAUAAAAGAGGACCCUUACGGAUGAUUAACAUUUAAAUAGUUGCAGUUUAAGCAUUAUUCCUCUUUUGGACAAGAAGUUCCUGUUUGGUUUUGACUCCUGGAAUAAUUUUUCUAUUUAUGCUCUGUGCUACAAAUAAUUGCCCAGAGUGAGAUUUUUUUUUUCUUUUUAAAUAGCUGCCUAUUAUGUAAGUAAUCCUGGUUUUAAUGGUUGUAACAUAGCUUAACACCAAAGACAGGUGCUGAUGCUGUAGCAUUGAGUAACAUUUCACCAGAUUGUAGCGGACCAGAUCAAGUACUAGAGCUCUGAUUGAUUACAUGAACUUAAUUUACCUUUAUUAUUGUUCAUUAUAGUUUAAUCUUUAACUGUGUAAGUUCCAGAUUGUUUUAUAUUAGUGCUGAUUCAUGUAACAUGAGACAGGUUAGGUAAUAACACCGUACUGGUAACGAUAGUAACUGUUUUAAAAGUCAUUGAUGGACUACACUUGGGCUCUUCCUACCUGAUGUGUUUUUGUUUUGUUUUCAGAACAAUAUUGAUAGAGACUUCUGAGAAGCUGUACCAUCCUAGAAGGGACAUAAGUAACAACAUUAACAUGCCUGCUGUGGCAUCUGUACCUAAGGAGCUCUAUCUCUGUACUUCAUUGAAAGAUCUCAACAAGAAGACAGAAAUAAAACCUGAAAAGACCAGUACAAAGAGUUACGUGCAGAGUGCCCUUAAGAUUUUCAAAGCAGCAGAAGAAAGCAGAUUGGACCGAGAUGAAGAAAAAGCUUACAUCCUAUAUAUGAAAUAUGUGACUGUUUAUAAUUUUAUUAAAAAGAGACCUGAUUUUAAGCAGCAACAGGAUUAUUUCCAUUCAAUUCUUGGACCUACAAAUUUAAAAAAAGCUAUUGAAGAAGCUGAAAGACUCUCAGACAGCCUUAAACUCAGAUAUGAAGAAGCUGAAGUUCGGAAAAGACUCGAAGAGAGGGACAGACAGGAGCUGCAGAAAAAGCAAGAACCAAAAGAUGAUGGAAAGAGUUCAGCCAAAAGCUCAUCUGAAAAUACAGCAGAUUCCAAAGGAAAAAGCCAAAAGAUUAAUGGUGAGAGCAAGCAUUCACUGGAAAGAAGGGAUCAAUCUGAAAGUCUCAGUGCAGUCACAGCUGAGAAACUGUUUGCAAUGAUGACGGACAAAAGCAUUGAAUUGAUUAUAAUGGAUGCUCGAAGCUCGAAGGAUUAUCAGGAAUCCUGUAUUCCGAGAUCUAUCAGCGUCCCAGAAGAAGCUAUCAGUCCUGGAGUUACUGCUAGCUGGAUUGAAGCUAGACUCCCGGAAGAUUCUAGAGAUCAAUGGAAGAAGAGAGGACACUUUGAUUAUGUUAUACUCCUGGACUGGUUUAGUUCUGCAGAAGACUUAAAGCUAGGAACAACUCUUCAGAGCCUGAAAGAUGCACUUUUUAAGUGGGAAAGCAAAACUCUACUGCAGAAUGAACCUUUAGUUCUAGAAGGAGGUUAUGAAAACUGGCUCCUUUGUUUUCCCCAGUACACAACAAAUGCUAAAGUAACUCCACCUCAACAUAGCAAGAUUGAAGCAGUAACAGUUUCUUUGGAUUUUACAUAUCCAUCUUUGGAAGAGCCAGCUCCUGUUCCACCUGUUGCCACUAUAAAGACUUCUACAACAGAAGGGAUUGAAAACGAAGAAACAGAAGCUAAUUUGGAAGAGAGACUAAAAUUACUUAACAGACCAAGCGUAGAGGGUGCUGCUGUUCCAAAACCUGACAGUUCACUUGUAGUCAAUCCCGUAUCUAUUACAAGAAGUAUCCCUGAGGUUGAUCGUACUAAAAAGCCUUCAAUAAAAAUUCCUGAUGAUAACAGACCAAAAUCUGAAAGUACACUCGGUGACAGCCAGCCUAUUGAGAAUGGACAAAUAGUUCCAGAUCGGUCCACAAAACCUUUACGUGAUGUAAAGAGCACCCUGACAGAAGAAGAAAAAAGUCAUAUACAUGCAGAAACUGCUGCCCUGUUAGAGAAAAACAAACGAGAAAAAGAAUUGCGGGAGAGACAACAAGAAGAACAAAAAGAAAGACUCAAGCGAGAAAAAGAAGAACAAGAGCAAAAAGCAAAGGAAGAACAGAGAGAAAAGGAACACAAAGAAAAGCUGCAGCAAUCCAAAGAGGAGAGAGAACAGGAGAGAGAUGACCAGAUAAAAAGAGAACAGGAGGAAAAGGAAAAAGAAAGAGUGCGCAAAGAGACAAUAGAAGCAAGAAAACAAAAUAAAAAUGAACCAGAAAACAUUGGUGCAAAAAGGAUUGAGAUUGACAAAGUAUCUGCGGAAGAAAGAGAAAAGGGAGUUCGAACACCAGAUAUGCAGAGACGUGUGCUGGGUGAUGCAUCGCAGACUUCUGUGUCUGUUCCAGGCAAGCAAACUGGGGUUAAAGGACAACCAGACAGUGGAGCUCAAAAGCCAGGACCCCUUAGAGAGGAUUCUGAACAAGAUACUGAAAGACUUAAAUCUCAGCGGGAGCCAUUGAUGAGAGCACGAAGUGAAGAAAUGGGAAGGAUAAUACCUGGACUGCCUCUGGGUUGGGUAAAGUUUCUGGAUCCAAUCACUGGAACCUUCCGUUACUAUCACUCGCCAACAAACACUGUUCACAUGUACCCACCAGAAAUGGCUCCUUCAUCCACUCCUCCAGCUACCCCACCAACGCAUAAACCCAAGCCGCAGGUGACUAUUGAACGAGAACGGGAACACUCCAAACUGAAGCGCUCCUACUCUUCCCCAGAUAUAACCCAAGCCAUUCAGGAGGAAGAGAAGAAAAGAAUUCCCGUAACUCCUGCAGUCAAUCGUGAAAAUAAACCAAUCUAUUACACUAAAGCAGAAAUUUCAAGACUCUCUGCAUCACAAAUUAGGAAUCUUAAUCCUGUGUUUGGGGGAUCGGGACCAGCUCUUACAGGACUUCGUAAUCUAGGGAACACUUGCUAUAUGAAUUCCAUAUUACAGUGUCUGUGCAAUGCACCUCACCUGGCUGACUAUUUUAACAGAAACUUAUAUCAAGAUGAUAUUAACAGGUCAAAUUUCCUGGGGCAUAAAGGUGAAGUGGCUGAAGAGUUUGGAGUAAUAAUGAAAGCUUUAUGGACAGGACAGUAUAAAUAUAUCAGUCCAAAAGACUUCAAAAUUACAAUUGGGAAGAUUAAUGACCAAUUUGCAGGAUAUAGCCAGCAAGACUCCCAAGAAUUGCUUCUCUUUCUAAUGGAUGGCUUGCAUGAAGAUUUAAAUAAAGCUGACAACCGGAAAAGAUACAAGGAAGAAAACAAUGAUCAUCUUGAUGACCUCAGAGCAGCAGAAUUAGCCUGGCAGAAACACAAACAGCUCAACGAAUCCAUCAUCGUGGCACUCUUCCAAGGCCAGUUCAAAUCUACAGUGCAGUGUCUCACAUGCCACAAGAAGUCCCGGACCUUUGAGGCUUUCAUGUAUUUGUCAUUACCACUUGCAUCCACUAGUAAAUGUACACUGCAGGAAUGCCUUAGAUUGUUCUCCAAAGAAGAAAAGCUCACUGACAAUAAUAGAUUUUACUGUAGCCAUUGCAAAACUCGAAGGGAUUCUUUGAAAAAAAUAGAAAUUUGGAAAUUACCACCUGUUCUUCUUGUGCACUUGAAACGAUUUUCCUAUGAUGGAAGAUGGAAGCAAAAACUUCAGACCUCUGUAGAUUUCCCAUUGGAAACUCUUGACCUUUCACAGUAUGUUAUAGGUCCAAAGAAUACCUUGAAGAGAUACAAUCUAUUUUCAGUAUCAAAUCAUUAUGGUGGGUUGGACGGAGGGCACUAUACCGCCUACUGCAAAAAUGCCUCAAAACAGCGCUGGUUUAAGUUUGAUGACCAUGAAGUGUCUGAGAUCUCAGCAUCAUCUGUGAAAUCCUCAGCUGCAUAUAUUCUCUUUUACAGUUCUUAUGAACAGCGAGCAGUGGACAUGGCCACAUAAAGUAGCAUGGGUUAAGAAAACUGGUUUUCUUUUUAUAAGAGCAAAGUAGGUAUUGGAAGACGCAUAAAUAUGCAAAACUAUGACAAAUGUAGUCACUUAAAGUUACGGGGAUGGUUGCAGCAGCUUCUCUGCAAGCAAGCUCUUUCUGGUCAGUACUCUUGCUUAAAUCAGACUGAUUAAUAAUGCUUGUGGUAAUACUGCCAUCUGUGAAACCAUUUAAAAGCAUACUUGCGUUACCAUUUAUUUAACAAACAACUAUAUUUUUAGUCUGCUCCAAAAUUGAAUUCUAGCUUAGUCAUCUGAAAUCUAUUAACAAGUAGUUUAAAAUGUCUUAAAAUCCCAAGGCAUAUCUUUAUUUUUAUCUUUUUCUUUCACUAUUAUGGCCUUUUCACAUUUCUAACCUUAAGCUUGAUUCUACUGUGAAUACUCUAGAACGAUGUAAACAGUUAGGAAUGUAAGUGUACAUAUUGAUUGCAUACUUGCACAUCAGAACUAUGUAUAUAAUAAAAUGUUGUCCUUUUUGUGAGAAACUCAAACUCAGAGGACUGCUUUUAUUUGCCAGCUCUAAGUAAUUGCAACACUAUUUAAUAAAAAAGCAGAGCUGUAUUUUUUUUUUUUGUUAGCUUUGGUCAAUAUUUGUGCACAUCAGAGUUCUAAACAAACAAGAUUUUUCCUUUUUAAUUUUUUAAUAUAAAUUUUUCAUGUAUACAUGCAUUAAAGACCUUAAUGAAGAAAUGAUUUAAAAAUAUAUCCUAUUAAGUG